AUGUACAUCAAAUCCAUCGAACUUGAUGGUUUCAAAUCGUACGCAAAACGUCAAUUAAUCCAGGGAUUCCACAAACAGUUCAACGCAAUCACCGGUUAUAAUGGUUCGGGAAAAUCGAAUAUUUUGGACGGAAUUUGCUUUUUGUUGGGAUUAUCGAAAUUGGAGAAUAUCAGAGCUAGUAAGAAAGAUUUUCUUUGAAUGUCAAAAAUCGAAAUUUCAUGGGAAUUUUUGCAGAAAACAUGACAGAUUUGAUUUUCAAACAAGGUCAAGCUGGAGUCAAUAAAGCGGUAGUUACGAUAACUUUCGAUAAUUCUGACGAAUCAAAAAGUCCAAUUGGUAUGAAAGACACCAAGGAAAUCAUCAUCCGCCGGCAAAUUGUUGCAGCUGGAACCGGUCGAGGUGUUUCCAGCUCAUACACUUUGAAUGGAAUGCCAGCCACAAAUAAUCGGGUAGGAAACGUGGCAAAUUCAUUGAUAAUCAUCAGAAUUUCCUUUUUAGAUUCACGAUUUCUUCCGUGGAAUUGGAUUGAAUGUGAAUAAUCCGCAUUUUUUGAUUAUGCAAGGACGAAUUACAAAAGUUUUGAAUAUGAAACCGGAAGAGGUAAGUUUUUUUUUAAUUCUAGAUUAUCAGCAAAAUAAAAUUUUUCUAGAUUCUUGGAAUGAUCGAAGAAGCUGCUGGCACAAAAAUGUACGAUCAAAAGCGAAAAGAUACAGAAAAAACGAUCUCGCAAAAAGACAUGAAAUUGGAAGAAUGCCAGAAAAUCAUUGAGGAAUCUCUCGAUCCAAAAAUUGAAAAAAUGCGCGAAGAUCGCAAAAAUUUGAUUGAAAUCAAUCGUUUGAAAAAAACGAAAGAAGGAAUGCAAAGAAAAUUGGACGCCUAUGUUUAUUGGCAAAAUUUGAAGGGCGAAAAUGAGAAUCGAAAAUUGGGCGAAGAAACGAAGGCGAAAAUCGAGCAAAGUCGCGAGAGAAUUGAGGAAAUUGAGAAAUUGAUUGGGGAAAAAGAGAAAAUGUUGGAGGAUUUGGAGAAUCAUAAGGUUCGGCAGUUUUUUUGAGCCCAAAAUAAAAUUAACCUGAAUUUCAGAAUGAUCAAGACUCAAAUACAGAAUUGGAAGAAUCAUUGAAAGCAAAAACUGAAGAAAGAGUGAAUAAAGAAGUGGAAAGAGAUGAAAUUGCUGAACAUAUGAAACAAAUUGAAGAAGAUCGAAAAAGAAAGAAAAUAUCGAUUGAAAAGGUAGACAUUUUGAGAUUUUAAAUCAAAUAUAUAUUUCAUUAAAAAUCACGAAUUCUAGUUUUUUAAGCUGAAAUUCCACGUUUCCUCUUUUUUCCAGGAUCAAAAAUUGUUGGAAAAGAAGAAAAAAGAGCACGAAAAAAUCCUAUCCGACCACGAUUCCGUCGAUAAACAACAGAAAAAAGAUCAGGAAGACGCGCAAAAAUAUCGAUCCGAAAUCGAAGCAUUGACACGUGGCACAAUGGCUGAUGAGAAUGGAGAACAAGUUUCGAUUGAACAAAAAAUACAGGAGAGUCGAACGGAAACUGCCGAAUUGGAAGCGGCUAUUAAAACUGCGCAGAAUCGGUGAGCAUUUUGAGAAAUUCUGGAAAUUUUGAGCUAGAAAAAUCUGCUCAUAGUGAAAAUUGAAGAAAAUUCGAGCUAGAAAUCCAAAAAUUUAUGAAAAAUCCAAAUUUUCACUGAAAACAGCAUAUUUGGUAUCAAAAAAUUCCGAAAAUUUUGAAAAUUUUACCUGAAAAUUUCCAAUUUUGCAGCCAAACCCGACUUCGUCCACGAAUUCAAGAUCUCACAAAAAAUGUGGAUCGCCUCAAAAAACAAAACACCAGCGAAAUGUCGGACAUCAAAUCGCGAGAGCUCGAAGUGCAAAAAGCCACAGAACAACUCAAAAAAUUGAAAUUCGACGAGGAACACGAGGCUCAGAUCAAGGAUCGUGUUCAGAUUUUGCAGCGCGAAACACAGGAUUUGGAUCAAAGAUGUCAGAAAUUGAUUCGGACUGCGCAGUGAGUAUUCUGUUGUCAAAAAAUGUAGAAAACAAUUCCUGGGGACUUAGGAGGACAGAACUAGAUUUCAAAAUGGUUUUCAUGAAAAUCUGAUAUCACAGUGUUGUUCAGGAGGCUAGAUAACAUGUUUUUCUAAAUUUUGAAUUUAUCAGAUUGCUCAGAUUAGGAGCUGUAAUUCAUUAAAAAAUUCAAGAAUUGAAUUAAGGUUCUAUUGAAUUUUUAAAUCCUGAUCUGAGCAAUCUGAAAAUUUCAAACUUCAGAAAAACCUUCUGUACUUAUGUUAUCUUGUCUCCUGAACAACGCUGUGAUAUCAGAUUUUCAUGAAAAUCAUUUUGAAAUCCAGUUCUGACCUCCUAAAGUCCCCAUAACUCAUAUUAGGAAUUGUUUUCUACAGUUUUUGACAAUGGAAACUACUAGAUCUCGAUUUCAAGAUUCUUCAAAACAAUUCUGAUAUUUUCAGCAAAGGUCGUUACGAUUUCGUAUUUCGUGAUCCACCGAUUCCAAAUUUCGAUAGAGCUCGAGAUGUUCGGGGUACGGUAGCCACGUUGUUCAAGGUCAAACCAAGUGAGGAGAAGUAUAAUUUUGCGGUGGAAAUUGCGUGUGGAAAUUUUGUGAGUUUUAUUUUUUUUUGCUCAAAAAAUAUGCUCGAAAACUGAUUUUCUGAUAGUAAAAUUUUCAGAAUCGCUUGAUUUUUGAGAAAAAUUGAAUUUUUUACUGAAAACUAGCAUAUUUGGUAUCAAAAUUCUUCAAAUUCCAUGAAACUUUCAAAAUUUCAGCCUCUGAAACUGUAUUUUCCAGCUCCAACAAGUUGUUGUCUCAAAUCAAAACAUUGCGCGAAGUAUGGUUGAACAUCGAGUUUUUGUCAAUCGAAAAACGUUGAUGCCAAUUGCGGAAACCCGGAAAAAAUCGCCACAUUGGCAAGCGAGACUCGAAUCCAAUCGAUUUCAACACGCCAAGCAGAUUGUGAGUUUUUUUAGGGUUAACUUUGAUGAAAUUGGUGAAUUUUGAGCCCGGAAUUAAGCUGUAUUUAAAAUUGGGCUCAAAAUGAACCAAAAUUCAUGUUUUAUGACCGAAACCCCCUUAUUUUUGAGCUGAAAAUGACCUGAAAUUAAUUUCAGGCCGACAAACAUAAAGAAGAAGUGAAACAUAUGAUUGAUUUGAUCGAUUUUCCGCCAGAAUUGACGAUUAUCAUGGAGAAUUUGUUUGGAAGCGUGAGUUAUGACGUGGCAAUGCACACAAUUUCGAUUUUUUGCAGAUUCUCGUCACCACCUCGUUGACAUGUGCCAAAGAAAUUGCCUAUCAUCCAAAGAUUCGAACUCGAGUGGUUACUGAAAGAGGUACGGUGUUUUUUUUUGGCUGAAAAUUUCAGAUUUUUGGUGGAUUUUAGCCUAACUAGGGAGCUGAAAUUGAGAUUUUUUAUAAGUUGUUUAGUAGACUUUGAUGUGCUGAUCACGAUUUUGUUGUUGAAAACUGUAGAAAAUAAUUUCUAGAAUGAGUUAUGACGUGUUAAAAUUUGGAUUAAAAUGAGCAAUGCUCGAAUUCUUACAAAAAUCUAGAAUUUUCCGGUUAACAUGAGCAAUGUCCCACUUUUCCAAUAAACUAGAAUUUUCCGAAAAUUCUGAAUUUUCUGGUUAACAUGAGCAAUGCUCAACUUUUUGGAAUUUUUCUGAACAUGUUGAAAUAGAGAUUCAAGUGUAAUAUUUAUUAGUUUCAACGAAUUAA